UUCUUAUUGUUCAUAACAAGUCCCUAGCCACAUGCCUGGAGGCUAGAAUCCACGCGCAUCACGUCGCCGCCUUUUUACGUCACCCCGGAAGUGGGCGUUGUGUGAACGCGCACCUUUGCGUCCGUAUCCAAGCAGCUCCCGCACGCGCAGGGAUGUGAGAGAGUUAACAGCGCUGUACAUGGCAUCAUCCCACUCCACUGUGCAGAGAAGCGCUGUUACUGCUGUGCUGCUUAAGCUCCGUUUAUCACUGGUUCCUCGAACACAUUUAUCCUGAACUACACACCUGAGCAUGGACGCGUUAAAAUCAGCCGGGAGAGCCAUCAUAAAAAGUCCUGGAGUUCCGCGGCACACAUGGGGAACCGCCAAGCACGAAAAGCUUUCAGAGAACUGGACGGACACUAAGGAAACCCUGCUGGAGGGAAUGGUGUUCAACGUGAAGUACCUGGGCAUGACGUUGGUUGGUCAGCCUAAAGGAGAGGAAAUGGCUGCGGCUGCCAUCCACAGGAUUGUCUCAACGGCUCGUGCCAGUGCAAAAAAAUUUCGGAAGGUGACCCUCACCGUUUCCCCAAAAGGAAUCAUCAUUACAGACACAGAGACCAGCGAUCUUAUUGAGAACGUGUCUAUUUACAGAAUCUCCUACUGCACAGCUGAUAAAACGCAGGAUAAAGUCUUUGCCUACAUCUCACAGAGUGAGUUCAGUGAAACUCUGGAGUGCCAUGCCUUCCUCUGCCAAAAGAAGAAAAUUGCCCAGGCAGUCACACUUACAGUAGCACAGGCUUUUAAAGUUGCUUUGGACUUCUGGGAAAUUGCCCAAGAAGACAAAAGUAAGAAGGCUCGCACAUGCUGCUCCUGUUCAGGCAGUGAUCUUCACGUGGAAACAAAAGCUCACUCUGCUUCAGAGGCUGAAAAAACCCAGGCUCUGAUGGAGCACAAACUACAGAAGCCCUUCCUGUCCUCUUCUAUCUAUUCACUAUCCCCACGCAGCAAGCCUGCAAGGAGGCGGCCAGUCAAACACGAUUCCUGGGAUAUGGAAGAAGAAGGCCUCAACACAUUCUCAAGCACUGUGGGGGUGGAGGAGAUGGACACAGGUAAGUGAGAGUCAGACUGGCAGAUUCCUGCUCCAGAACAGUGUUUGAGGAUGCAGCUGUGAGCCCACUGGAGGAGAACUGCAUGUCUCUCAGCAGUGAAGAGACAGAUUAAACACACACACACAAACAUUGACAAAAAGAACACUAUCAUUAUCUACAAAUGUAGAAGGUACAUCAUGCACUGUAAGCACAUAAUACCAAAUGACAGCAACAAGAGCGCCCCAUAUAUUUAAUUAGCUUAUUUCUAGUGUAACUGAUCUAUUAAUUUGUGUUUUCACAACAUUAGAAAGAAAAGACUGCAGAGCUUGGAGCUCAGAGACACUAGUAUACUGUUCAACUAAACCAUAUUUUGCAUUGUUUUUGCAAAACGUGGCUUAUUAAAAUUGCAGCUGUUCAUAUAAAUCCGUUUGCUCCCUGCUGAAGGUUUACAGAUUUGCUGGUGUUUUUUCACCAGCAGACUUUAUAUUUUGUAGCCUUUAUAUGUGACCAGCUUCAAGAAAAUCUACAUACAGAAAAUUUGUAAAAUUUGUUAUCCACAUUUUAAUACAAAAAAAAUUAAUUACACACUCAAAACUAAAGAUACAGUGACAUUUAUAGAUUCCGAAAAGAAUUUUUCACUGUAAGGGUCUGAAAAAUAAUUUCCAGUUAUAAAAUCCUUCUAUAUGAUAUAUCCAUGCAUUUAUGAUAUUGUAAAACUAAAAAAAUGAAUGAAUGGUCAAAGAAUGAUCAGUUAAAAUGCUCUUUAAAGAACCAAAAAAAGUAGUUCUUUUACAGUAAAGAACCUUUCUAGCAUCUUUGAUUUUUAAGAGCGUACUAGUGAAAUGGUCAUUAAUGAUGGUUGAGUGAUCUCAUACAUAGAUACAGAUCAAUUCUGGCAUUUAUAAAGACCUAAAGAUUUUACAGGCCUAGGUCUUGGUAAUAUGUCAAAAAAUAUCAUUACCUCAAUACUUAGGCAUCUUUGUGAUACAAUUUGUAUAGCGGCAUUUAGUUUUGUUAAAGCAUCAUCAAGAACAUUUUAUGAAAAGCUAUAAGUUUAGAGAUUUUUUUCAUUGAAGAUUGACAAAAAUUUAAGUGAUUAGCUAGGGAAAAUAACACACUCAGUACACUCAGUACGUUUAAUGUCCAAUCAGGUGCUUGUAACAAUGAGUAACAAUCAAGUAACAAAAGCACUGACAAUACUAUUGAUAUGCACAUGCAAUACUCAGACAAGUGCAUCAUGAUGUUAGAUCAUAGUCAUUUCCCCCAGCCCUCCACUAGCCUUAGAGAUGAUUAUUAACACUGUGUUUAAACUGGGUUCUGCCCGUGUCCCCAUCCCUGAGACAUAGCGCUCAUGGUAAUGACAGAUUUUUUUCUUAUAAGGAUAGCAGGGUAACUGAUGCUGUCACUCUUUUAGCACUAAUCUACUGACAAAGCCUCAGGUGUGCCGGCUCACAGUUGCUCCGAUGGAAAUCCUUCAGAAAUUGUUUAUUAUCCGUAUGUUCAGAACUGUUAUAUAUAUAUUGUAGAAUUAUAUAUAAUUAUAGCAGCAAUUAAUCACAGUGUCUGAAUUUGUGAGAUUUAUCCAAUUUUUUAUCAUUUACUUACCUUAUGUAGAUUUAUAUAGUUCUGUGAAAUCUCUUUGAUGGCUUGCUUUUCAUUUCAUUUGAAAAAUGUGCAUUAUGGUGUUUUAUAGUUAUUUACAAUGGAAUAUGUUGCCAUUUAACAGUCUCAAAUGUGCAAGUUUGAAGGAAAUUACUCUUGAGCUCUCGGAAAUGUGUACAAUAAGUCAUGUUUUCCUGCACAUCUAGGACAUUUUCUCACUUUCCACCAGAAAGCAAUUGAUGGGAAAUCCAUCUGCUGACCGCGCACUGAAAAGCUCCUCAUUUAUACCUGCUUUUCUGUCCUUUUUCUUCCAAGGUCAAACUAUAACAGAGGCACAAUGAAGGUGAAUUCCUUCCUUUUUCUCGAGAAGUACAAAAGGUCAAACAGGUGGUUUUACUUCUCAGUCAGUUUUUUCCUUGUUAUCUUAGACUUAUUUUUUGUUACCUGCUUGCCGUUAGUAUGAAAUACCAAAUUUAGGUAUUUCACCUUUUGUAUAGUUUUGUAUAGGUUUAAUAUGGUUUUGGACAUUUUUAAUAUAUUUAUUAAUUUAUGUCUGUCUCAUAACAUUUAAAAUAAUUAGGUUGCAUAUCUUAAUGGUUUAUAUGACAUGUUAUUUCAGCUUAUUUUGUAUAAAUGAAGACAUUUGUGCUCCACCAGCUUGCAUGCACCAUGUCAGUGCAGAGUCCUGCAUGACUACAGAGAUACUAAAUGAAGGACAUUCCAUUUAUACACAUCCAGUUUAUAUGUAUAUGAUGCAUUCAAUCUAAUACAAGAAACUGGGAUGAUUCAUACACGCUGGAGAGCAAAGUAAUUAUUUCCCGUGUAAUUUUUAACAUUUUGUGGACAACUGUGGUUAAUUAAUUUGAUGGUGCUAUUUUUUUUUUAAAGAUCUAUGCAAAGUUUAAAUUUACACAAACAAAGUAUUGUGUAAUCUAUUGUAUAUGGUAUUCAAAUCAAUCAAUAAAGCACUGAAAAUGUAAUAUAUGUUCAGAAUUUUGUUGAAAAUGGAAUCUGUACAACAUAUUUUAAAAAGUCAGAAUAAUAAGAGCAGAACUUUUGAGUGAUCCUUCACAAAACAGAUGUAGAGUCAUCCUUCUUGUUUCUGUUGUGAGCUCUCGAAUAUGUUCCCCAGAUGGCUGCAGCGAUAAUUGGCAGAGAGAUUUAUGACUGUGUCACACUGUAUGAUCUUUACUGACUCAUGCUGGUCACCUGCAGUGCACUUCUGCAGUUGAAUCAAUUUAGCACCCCGAGUCAAAGUUUCCCACUAUGCCAUGCAGCUGGUACAUACAGCACCCUUCAUUUCAUUACAGCCCAGUCAGUAGAACAUGCUGUCAGUG